AUGUAUUACAUCAGUUUUCUGCUAUUAUUCCUCAUCGUCGGUUGCGCCUGUAAUGCUAGAAGGUCCAUAUAUAGAAAAAAUUCCCGAACAUUACGACGAUUAAGCAGAAAUUAUGAUUGGGAAUUGGAUGAACAUGGCGGCCUACGACCAAUUAUUAAUCCGGCAAAGGUUGAACGAGCUACAAAACAAUGUGCUAACGAUUCCUAUAUUCUCAGCACUAUUAUGCAAAAUUAUAAUAGGCAUAAAAUCCCUGGAGGACAGGUCGAGGUUAAAGUCGAGGUAUGGGUGCAGGAGAUCACCACAAUUUCCGACAUAACCAGUGAUUUUCAGCUGGAUAUUUACAUCUCGGAGAUGUGGUUGGAUCCGGCACUCGAUUACUCGGCGUUGAAUCCAUGUAAAUACAAUUUAUCGUUGAAUAGUGUGCUAUUGGAGAAAUUAUGGACACCAAACUCGUGUUUUAUCAACUCAAAAACGGCUGACAUUCAUAAAAGUCCGUUCCCGAACAUUUUCCUGCUCGUCUAUGCGAAUGGAUCCGUGUGGACGAAUUAUCGCUUGAAACUACAAGGCCCGUGCCUUAUGGACCUCACGAGAUUUCCAUUCGAUAACGUUACAUGUUCGUUGACAUUUGAGUCAUUCAACUACAACACGGACGAAGUACAAAUGUCAUGGACACCAUCUGGUGUGAGGAAAAUGAGGGAUAAAAUGGAGUUGGCCGACUACGAGCUUGUCGAUAUUAAGAAUAUACGAAAUGUAGAACCAUAUCCAGCCGGUUAUUGGCAUGAAUUGACGAUGAUGUUUCAUUUCAAACGUCGUGCUGGUUGGUAUAUUCUUCAAGCCUAUCUGCCCACCUAUUUAACUAUUUGUAUUUCAUGGAUUUCUUUUGCGUUGGGUUCGAAAGCAAUUCCCGCUAGGACAAUGCUUGGUGUGAACUCAUUGCUGGCGAUGACUUUUCAGUUUGGUAACAUCAUCCGAAAUCUACCUCGAGUGUCCUACGUGAAGGCUAUUGACGUAUGGAUGCUAUCUUGCAUGACAUUUGUGUUCUGUUCGCUGCUGGAACUUGCUUGGGUAGGAUAUUUAUCACGGGAAGAGGAGUACAGUCCACCACCAACUGCUACGUUACCGAAUAAAACGUUACCGAUUGCACCACCCACAUCGAAUAAGACGACUCCAGUGGCACCACCUACUCCUAGUCGUCAAAUCCAUAGCGCAACAAGCACCUUGCACAGGAGAAAUCCAGCAAAUGAGGAAGAGUCAGCGUUGAUUUCACUACGUGACAACGAUUACGGUUAUAUUCCACCUGGAUUUGGAUUGAACGGGAAUAUUGCGAAUGCGAUGCGAUCUUUAGGUGGAAGAUGUUCAUGCGACCCACACAUGUCUCCCACGUAUCCAGCCGAGUUGGAUGAGAUCCCCGAAUCUGUCCAUCCAUCCCCAUCAUAUAGCUCAAAAUCAGACUAUUUGUGA